UCUGUGCGCUAGGAGCAGUGCCCUUGGUGGACUUCCCUUUCUUCCCUGAGUUGUUGACUCGGCUCUCUCCCCGCCUACCCCAACCCGUUCCCUUAUCUGACGAAUUAGGCUGUCUGGAGACAGUUGUUUUGUAGGUCCAGGGCCGCUAGACUUUGGCUUUCGCCAUUGCCCUUGCUGAAGCAGGGUCUGGGGCUGGGGGGUUCUUGGCCGCGGUUUUCGACUUUACGCCCCUCCUUCAGCAAGGCCCCCAGCGGAUCCUAUCCCUUGUCAAGGACAGUUGUGAUCCACGUGAGUUGCAUUGCGUGGUCCUCCCUGUGCUUUUUCCUCAGGUUCGCGGACUGAAGUAUACCAGGCAUCAUAGAUUCCUGCGUUGACCCCUCCUUGGUUCUGCGGAAUGCGACCUAGGUUGGUUGUCCUAGGAUCAUCAUUGUUUAAUGGAGAAAAGUCCUCAGACUUUGUUGCUAUUAAGUGGCCCCAAAAGCAGAGCCUUAAUUUUUCUGUGAGAAACUGAAAAUCACCUUUAAAAAGUUGCACUUUGACUCCCCCAAAUUUCUUGAUUAUGCUGUAAAGUAGGGGCUUUUUGAACAUCUCUUCACUAUUUUGUGCUGCUCUCACUGCAUAAUGACUUUCUGUUUUACUGGCAUUAGAAGCUUCCCUAAGCUUUGGAAAAGCAAUCCAUACCUUGGACUGGGCCCAGGACACUCUUGUAACUCUCUCUUUCUGAAAGACUAUUAUGGCAUCAGGAACCAGCAGAAGUGGUUUUUUCUUCAAACGGCAUCUCCACAAAAUACCAAAGCAAUGAAUCUUUUGAUUGCAAAGGACAGAUAUCGCAGGAAAGGCAGCAAUAAAGUUUCUUCUGAGUUUCCUCAUCUUUUUGCAGCUGGAUCAGCUAAGAAGAGAUCACAGAUGAAUCCUCAGAGUAAAGAUCAUGUCUCGCCACCUGUGAGGAACAUUAUUCAACUCCCAACAAAACCUUUGAAUUCAGAGCAGUGGGAUAAACUUAAGGAAGAUUUCAAAGGAAAAGCUAAUUUUGAAAAUUGGAUCAUUUCACAGAUGGCUCACUACAAUAGCUCCGUAGAUGUGGCCAAAUCUUUGCUGGCCUGGGUAGCUACAAAAAACAAUGGUAUUGUAACCUAUAAUUUGCUGGUGAAAUAUUUGUAUCUCUGUGUUUUUCAUAAGCAGACAUCAGAAGUUUUUGAUGUAUAUGAAAUCAUGAAAGCCAGAUACAAGAGUUUAGAAUCUGGAGCAAACACUCUUCUCAUCCGGGGAUUAAUCCAUUCAGAGAGAUGGAGAGAGGCCUUGCUGCUGUUAGAAGACAUCAAAAAAGUCAUGACCCCUUCAAAAAAGAACUAUAAUGACUGUAUCCAGGGAGCCCUCCUUCAUCAAGAUGUAAACAUAGCUUGGAAUUUGUAUCAGGAAUUGUUAUGUCAUGAUCUUAUUCCUAUGAUGGAAACUUUAAAAGCUUUCUUUGAUUUUGGAAAAGACAUAAAAGAUGAUCAGUAUUCAAACAAACUACUAGACAUUCUUUUGUAUCUAAGAAAUAAUCAGCUAUAUCCUGGGGAAUCAUUUGCACACAGUAUAAAGACAUGGUUUGAGAGUGUUCCUGGAGAACAAUGGAAAGGACAAUUUACCUCAAUCCAGAAAAGUGGUCAAUGUUUGGGCUGUGGAAAAACCAUAGAGUCUAUUCAUCUGAGUCCAGAAGAGUAUGAAUUUCUAAAGGGAAAAAUCAUGAGGGAUGUGAUAGAUGGAGGUGACCAAUAUAGGAAGACAACACCUCAGGAACUUAAGAGAUUUCAGAACUUUGUGAAAUACUCUUCUCCUUUUGAUAUUGUCAUUGAUGGGCUCAAUGUUGCCAAAAUGUUUCCAAAAGCUCGUGAGUCUCAAGUUCUCUUGGACGUGGUCUCUCAACUAGCCAAGCAGAAUCUGCGGGUGCUGGUCCUGGGCCGGAAGCACAUGCUAAAUCCACGUGCUCGGUGGAGAAAGGAUGAGAUGGAAGAGGUGCAAAAGCUAGCCAGCUGUUUCUUUGCUGACAACAUCUCGGAGGACGAUCCGUUUCUUCUGUAUGCCACCCUGCACUCAGGGAACCACUGCAAGUUUAUCACAAAAGAUCUGCUGCGGGACCAUAAGGCCUGUCUACCUGAUGCCAAGACCCAACGCCUGUUCUUUAAGUGGCAGCAGGGACAUCAGCUGGCAAUUACUAAUAGGUUUCCAGGAUCAAAAAUAACCUUUCAGCAUAUUCUCAGCUAUGACACAGUGGUGCAAACAACUGGAGACUCGUGGCACAUACCAUAUGAUGAAGACCUGGUGGAAAGAUGUUCCUAUGAAGUGCCAACCAAAUGGCUUUGCCUUCACCAAAAGACAUAAAGGCUCUUACCCCCAUGCUAAAUUUGUGUUUGGGCGCCCUCUUGGUUGGCAUCAGAGCUCUUAAGUCGAUGUUUGUUCAGCCGCUGCUUCUGCCCUAUUUAAUCAGCUUUUCCUAUUUGGUUCCAUUGGUUUGAAUGUCAAAAGAUUGAUUUUUUAAUUAAAUGUGUUAUAAUAUCUUUUCAUAACCAGUUGCAUUUUUUCCCCUUAACAAUUUUUUGCUUGAGGCUUAACCAGAGUUAGGGAACUCAGUGCAGAGUGAGGCCUGCAUUUCUCUUACUGAGCCAUCUAUUUCACGUACAUACUUGGGAGCCAGGUGCUCCUCAUACUCAUUUUGCUACUCCUGACCUCACCUUCCACCAAUAGCAGAACCAAUCCAUAAGUUCACCCGUUUCUGAUACCAUCUCAGCCACUACAUGUUCCCUUACCCAGACUAAAUCACCUAUGGUCCUCUGUGAUAAAUUGGCUAAGAUAUUAAAGGCA